AUCCCAAAGACUUGCUGCUCCCUCUCUGAUUAGUGAUUAGUGAUAUUACCAAACAAACAAACAAAAGUCCAUCCAAUUCCAUCUCGUAGGCCAGCCAUCACCUUCCCCGGUCCAAACCUCACAAUUGCUUCUCGAGAUCUCCCAAAAUUUCCCUCUCCCCUAAAUUAACGCCCAUCGAUCAUCUUCCAGUUUUGGAGUUGGGUCUCUCUCUCUCUCGUAUGCUGAGAUCUGAAUAUUCUCUCAUUGCCUAGGCAACUUUGAUCUCCACGUGAUCGUACAAAUCAGAAUUGAAAAUUCAGAAUCAGGGCAAAAUCAGCACCCUCCGUUGAUUCAUCUCCCUUUUCAAUUUCAUGGUUUUCCCCUUUCUGAUGCAUCCUCCGUCGCCUUUAUUAUCUUCCCUCUUCCCCGCCUCCUCUUCUCUUUUCAUUUCCAUCUCCAUAACCGUCUCCACCAUCUAUUCCUCUGCUCAAUCAGAAACCAUUUCCUUCGUUCUUUAACCUUUCCCCCCCUUCUUUCGUUUUGGACCCUUUUUCCUCUCUCUUCGUGGGUUUCUUGUUCCGGUCAAGAUGAGUGUUGCCAAGUCUCAGGUAUGGCAGCCGUGUAAAAAGAAGAGGUCUUGAUCGCAUAACCGCACCAGCUCUAGGGCAGCCAGAUUCAAUUGGGGUUCGAAUUUAAUUCUGUUAAUAAUUAUAAUAAUUGGGGAAAGUGGGUCUUGAGGAGAUUGGAAAUUCUGUCUGCUUGAUUGCCGAUAGCCGACAGAGAGAGGCCAGGAGAAGGCGGAGGGCGAGGGAAUUUGUGGGGUUAAUAUGGCGACUAGAGGGCAUGGACACGGGCACGGACAUGGUGGAAGCGGGAGCAGAACUCGCGUAGGGAGGUACGAGCUCGGAAGGACGCUUGGGGAAGGAACCUUUGCGAAGGUGAAGUUUGCCAGGAAUGUUGAGAAUGGUGAGAACGUAGCCAUUAAGAUUCUCGACAAGGAGAAAGUCCUUAAACACAAGAUGAUCGCUCAGAUCAAGCGAGAAAUAGCAACCAUGAAGCUUAUUCGACACCCAAAUGUCAUCCGUAUGUACGAGGUGAUGGCAAGCAAGACAAAAAUUUACAUCGUCAUGGAAUUCGUGACUGGUGGUGAACUUUUCGACAAAAUUCAGGCAAGUAGAGGGAGGCUGAAAGAAGACGAAGCAAGGAAGUAUUUUCAGCAGCUUAUAAACGCAGUCGAUUAUUGCCACAGUAGGGGUGUAUAUCAUCGAGAUCUAAAGCCUGAGAAUCUGCUUCUAGAUGCUUCAGGAGUCCUUAAAGUCUCAGACUUUGGAUUGAGUGCAUUGCCUCAGCAAGUUCGAGUAAGUAUGGAAGAUGGGUUACUCCACACUACAUGUGGAACGCCAAAUUAUGUUGCUCCAGAGGUAAUCAACAAUAAAGGUUAUGAUGGAGCCAAGGCGGAUUUAUGGUCUUGUGGUGUGAUUCUUUUUGUCUUGAUGGCUGGUUACUUGCCUUUUGAAGAUUCUAACCUCAUGCAACUGUACAAAAAGAUUUUUAAAGCAGACUUCUCUUGCCCUCCGUGGUUCUCCACCAGUGGAAAAAAACUAAUCAAAAGGAUAUUGGAUCCUAAUCCAGCUACGCGAAUCACUAUUGCUGAGGUUAUUGAAAAUGAGUGGUUUAAGAAAGGGUACAAGCCACCUGUUUUUGAACAAGCUGAUGUUAGUCUUGAUGAUGUGGACUCCAUCUUCAAUGAUUCAGCGGACACUCGGAAUCUUGUUGUGGAGAGGAGAGAAGUUGGACCUGUUGGUCCUGUGGCCCCUGUGACCAUGAAUGCUUUUGAAUUGAUCUCUACAUCUCAGGGUCUCAAUCUCAGUAGUCUGUUCGAGAAACAGAUGGGACUUGUUAAACGUGAAACUAGAUUUGCAUCAAAAAGUUCUGCUAAUGAGAUAAUGACACAAAUUGAAGCAGCAGCAACACCUUUGGGUUUUGACGUGAAGAAGAACAACUUCAAGAUGAAGCUUCAAGGAGAGAAGACUGGGCGUAAAGGUCACCUGUCAGUUGCAACUGAAAUCUUUGAGGUUGCUCCUUCUCUUUACAUGGUUGAGGUUCGCAAGUCUGGUGGUGACACCCUGGAAUUCCACAAGUUUUACAAUAACCUGUCGACUGGAUUGAAGGAUAUCGUUUGGAAAACAGUUGAUGAAGAAAAGGAGGAAGGAAACAUACAGAUUGAAAGCACAAGUUGAAACAGCAGGUUUACUUGAUAAUAAAUGUCUGUUGACCUCAGCUUGGUCCUGGGAGCUGCAAUGGGAUUGGGAUAUCUGUCUACUGCUAGUACCUAUGGUUUAGUCUUUACAAAGGACUAGAAAGUUUGAUGCAUAUAUCGGAGCAACAAAAAAUAAAAUGUUGAGUGCAUAUAUAUUAUAGUUGUGGGUGUGUUGCAGUAGAAGCAGCUACUAAGAAUAGGCUGUUAAGACAGCAUAUUAUGAAACUAUAAUAUGAAGUCUGUGCUUGUAAACUUGGACCUGUGAAUGCGAAGCCUGCCACUGUGGCGAGUUUCUCUGCUUUGUUUUGUUCGAGUGAGUAGGAUCAAAACUCACCAACCGGGAUUGCAGAUGGGAAAACAGUAAAAUAGUGCGGUUUGUUUUGUCUGUGAAAAUGGGAAGCUGGUGAGCCAUAUUCUAGAUCAGAGAAUAACAAAAUUGUAUUCUCUGCAAGUUAAAAAAAAGAUUCCUUCUACGGUUACUAGUCUGUAAGUUAAAAGUUAGUUGAAGUAGAAAGAAGAUCUAGUUAGUCAUAUAAUGCGUUACCAUGUUCACACGAAUGUUCAAACAAAUCAUACUCAAUUGAGAGUCUUUUUCGUGCGAGUCACAUCUAUGAAGAA